UAUCAUUGAGGAAGCUUUUUUAUUCAAGUUUUAUGUGAAUCGCUAGCACAACCCUCGAAGAUUCCACAGCACGAAUGGCGAGUGGCUGCAAGUUUCAAAAAUGGCCGGAACUCCCAGCAGAACUGAAGAUAGCAGUUUUGAAACGUCUCUCAUUCUCUUCACUGAUGCGCUUUAUGCUUUCAAGCAAGGAGAGCUACAAUCUCGUUUCACAAGCGAAGUUCAAAGUUGAUUUGAUACGGUACCAGUAUCGAGCCGCAGGAGCAAGCAUGAGUGACAUGUUUAUUGGAUCGAGGAUAAUCGAUGGUGCCAGCAUCAAUUUCGAAGUUGAGCCGACUUACGGAGAAGAGUAUGAAGUCAAAAUUCGCCACCGGAUCGACGGAGGGAGCGUGGUUCUUCGUUGGGGAGAAAUAUUGAAUUGUUAUGAAGAGGAUUUCCAGUCUGUUGCCAUGCAGCUACUCUUUCGUUACAUGAAACUCUUUGAUGUUGAAGAGUUAAAGAUUGAACAACCCUUCGAGGUGUCAGAAACUGCCCGUGCUCUAUAUGUACACCUGGGUUCGACAUUGCGGGCAAAAGAUAUCACAAUAGACACAUGGGAUAUAUCUUUUCUUCGCCUAAUUAUUCCUUUUCUACCAAGCCAUUUAUCGUGGCUCACUAUCAAGGUCUCUAAUCAUAACCUACCAGUAAUAAGUAGUAAUGUAUUUGAGCACGAAGUGAUCCGUACUGCCCGAACGCUAAAAGUCGAGAGCAUAAAUGCGGAUCUUUUCGACAAACAAUUAUGCGAUCUGCAAGCAUCUGAUCUGGAUAUUAAUUCAUCCCACAUCACGUCACGUUCUGUCAAUCGACUAAUACAUCAAUGGUUGCAAGGACAGCGAGAAAUCGAGUUUUUUUAUGUUGUCUCCGAUCAACCCUUGGCUUGGGAUGAACUGCUUAUGGGGAUUGAUCCGAAAUGCAUCAAGCAUGUCGAUGAUGCGUCUGAAUUCUAUUGCGAGUUGCACACUAAAUAUGGGAAGCUUGCCAUCUCUAUACAUGGCAGCGCAGACAUCAGCGAUUCGUCAACACCCGCUAUACCUCCAUCGUCAGUCGCACAAAUGUCAAGCUGUUGUGAAUUUCAUGUGUGGGGCGAUCUGCCAGCAGAAUUGAAAGUAGAAACUCUGCGAUACCUACCAUUGACCAGUCUGAUGCAAUUUAUGAUGCUGAGCAAAGAGUCGUUUUUAUUGGUCAAGAAGGUAAAAAUCAAAGUGGAAAACAUUCGAAUUGCUGGAAAAACGAUUCGGAUUACAAGGGCACAUCAGGUCCCUCUUGAUAACAGCAUGAGGUUGAGGAUCAUGUGUAAAGUGUCUGGAUCAAGUGAGGUGUGUGAACUCAAAUUUGCCCCAGAUGAUAUGGGAGGUUGUUUUGUACAAAGAAGUGGAGUGCGCGACUUGCAUUAUGAUCAGGAUUAUGAAUCCACGGCUUUACAAACUCUGUUCCACUUCUCGCGAUUUCUAGAUGUGCGCACUUUGGAGAUUGUGCAGCGUAUUCUGACGCCGGGUAUCGCGCAUGCAUUGGACAAGCUCUCAACUUCAACCUUACUAGCACAACGCUUUAGACUAGUCACCUGUGAUAGUUCGAUUAUUUCCAAGCUACUUCCAUGUCUACCGCUCCACACAUCAAGUAUUGUGUUGACUAAUGCAUCUCCCGACACGGAUUUUUUUGAUCAUGAAGUGAUUCGAACCGUGCAGGAACUUCACGUUUACAGUGAAUCAGAACUUUUCGACGAACAGCUGCGUAGAUUGCAAGCAACUUCAUUGAAUCUCUAUUCUUCUCACAUUACCUCGAGCUCCAUCAACGCAUUAAUCACGCAAUGGCUGAAAGGAGAGCGUGUGAUAGCCUGUAUGAGUUUUUGCAUCGAUCGGGUUUUACAGUGGGAUGACUUGCUCAAAGGUGUUGAUCCAGCAAUCAUUGAGGAUGUACAUGGAGAAGCUCACAUAUCUCGGAAACUACUUCACAGUAGACAUGGAAAUCUUCUCGUGGCCAAUCUUGUAAAAUACUGUGAAUUGAAAUACUGCUCUUAAUGCUCAUGUGCUAUGAGUUUAUCAUUUUACCAGUGCGUCACCUCUGCUUCGCAGAGGUUCGCACUGGUCCUACUCUAUACGUCUACUUAUUCUCGCCUAAUAAUGGCUUUGAAACUCACCGCACAAUGCCGACUAUCGCGAAUAAAAUGUAUACAAC